UCUCUCACCCCCACAUGAUGAUUGAGUCAUUGACAGACUAGGUUUGGGCCUUUGGCUUUUCAAAUAUGUUACGUUUUCGUUUGGGUUUCAUUUCCAUCACGUCCUUCAUUUUGUUUCUUCUUUCUUCGUCUUCACUCCUGGAUCCACCGGAACCGGAUAAAUACUUUUGGUUUCCAAGGUCGUAGCAGGUUCUCCAGUUUUCAUUUCGAUCAUCUUUUUCAGUUUCGUCUCCAAGCUUUUCAAUCGACAAGAAUUGGCAUUUGUAAGAAAGGAACAAAGAGCCCACAAAGUGAAAGGGUCAUCACCGAUUCCGCAGAUGGAAUUACAAAGGCCAGACAGCAGAGAAGAUGGAAUAACUUGGCUUGUACCUGAGAUGAAAGAGGAUCGAACAGAACACGAACUGGAGAUAAGAUAUUCUAGAACAAUUACUGAAAAUGAAAAUCAAAAGGGUUUUGCUCGAGGGUAUGUUUUCUUCUCAUGGCCCAGUGAAUCUAAUACUGAAAUAUAUUGCGAUUCCAACUGGAAAUAUGUCUUCUCAUCAUCAAGUGAACCAUCUGGAGUAACAAUUGUGUUCGAGCAAAGCCAUGGAGUCCAAGGAAGAGGGAGAGCAUUCAAGUUAAAGUCAAACAAUAAUAGAGAAAGUGAAUAUAUUGAUGAGGAAGAUAUGCCUCUUGCUCUAAGAGAAGUAACAGGGGACAUUCAAAUGCGAGUGGUGAGAUUCUCAAGAGGGAUGGAAAUUUCAUCAUCAGUUUGGAGCACAAGUUAACAGAGUAUGAACAUAGACCCAACAAAGACUUGAACUUGAUUACAGCAGCAUAUGUUUCCAUGGAUUCCAAUGUUGCCACUUCAAACAAAGAUUUCAUUGUAACUGAUAAUGCAAUUUAUAAGCAACGUACUCCUUUAGGGAAUACAGUCCUAUAUUUAGCAGCUGCUUAUGGAAAUAACGCAAUGGUACAGAAGGUAGCUCAACAAGCUCCCUAUCUUUUCACAGUCACCAACAACAACUAUGAUACUGCAUUACAUGUUGCUGCAAGAGCAGGCCAUGGCUCUACCA